AUGUUACAAGAAAUCAAAUCUUUGAAUACUACUACGAACAAUACUUCAAUAUUUCGUAAAAUAUUAACUAGUUCAAGAGCUAUCUCAACCUCUGUUACCGGACGUUUGCAAUCUCCAAAAAUAGCACACGCGCAUACCUUUCCUAAUGAAAACACAGCACCAACGCCCCCUUCAACACUAAAUACCGCGAUGGUUGAGGUUCAUCUCGAUGAAAUAUCGAGCUUGGUUGUUACUUUUACUGUGGAUGGGAAAGGAUUCGGAGGUGCCUUAAUAAUAUAUUCUUUAAUAUUUGUCACUACUUUUCCAUUAGUAAUUGGAUACAGUACGUUUGUCACGAUGGCAGGAUUCACAUUUGGUUUUAAAUGGGGAUUUCUGAUAUCAUACCUCGGAGCAUUGACAGGUGCAAUCACUGUAUUUUGGUUGAGCCGAAAAUGGUUUCGGAAACCAGUUCGAAAACUUUUAAAUAACAAUAAGCAAAUGGGAGCAGUUAUCAGAGCUGUCGAGAUGAAAGGAUUUCAGUUGUUGUUGCUCAUUAGAUUGGCACCUUAUCCUUACAAUGUUCUUAAUACAUUAUUAUCAGCGACUCAUAUUUCGUUAAGAGUGUAUGCCAUCGCGACAGCGAUUUCACUAUUUAAACUUGUAAUUCAUGUAUGGAUUGGAAGUCAAAUAUCAUCUUUUACCGAACAUUUGAUAGGAAAAUCAGACAGCAGUGAGAUACAUUUAGACCCCGUGAAAAUAAUACCGGUUGUGAUCGGCAUAGCAAUUGGUCUUGGUGUAAUUAUUUAUGUUUGGAUAUUAGCAAGACGCUCAAUUAAAGAGGUCGAGGAAAGUAUGUCGAAUGAAAUGCUUGAAGAAGGAUGCGGUGGCGAGAUGAAACAAUUCAUUCCGAGGCGACCUUCUGAAUAUGAUCAUGAUAGUACAGAUGAUGAAUAUACCGUUGAAGAUUUACCCAAUGAAUCUACUACAACCUUUCAAAUGGAAGAAGUAAUUUUACUCGAUAGCAAUGCUGGAAUACUUGCUCAAAAUCUGCUUGAGCCGGUAUUUGAUAUACAAAGACGUAGCAGCCAUUCAGCAUUGCAUAAUGAUGGUUUAUGA